AUGUCCCGGCCCGCAGGCCUGAGUGCGGCGGUUGCGGCGGCGGCGGCGGCGGCCCUGGUGGUCGCGCUGCUCCUGCUGCAGCCUGAGGACGCGGGGCCGGGGGCCGGCUCCAGCAUGGCCGAGACAGAAGCGCUACCGAGGCUUCGGGAAGACUUUAGGAUGCAGAAUAAAUCCGUCUUUAUUUUGGGUGCCAGCGGGGAAACCGGCAGAGUGCUCUUGAAAGAAAUCCUGGAGCAGGGCCUCUUUUCCAAAGUCACGCUGAUUGGCCGGAGGAAGCUCACCUUCGACGAGGAAGCUUAUAAAAACGUGAAUCAAGAAGUAGUGGACUUUGAGAAACUGGAUGACUUCGCUUCUGCCUUUCAAGGUCAUGAUGUUGGAUUCUGUUGCCUGGGUACCACCAGAAAGAAAGCUGGGGCGGAGGGAUUUGUUCAUGUUGAUCGAGAUUACGUCCUGAAGUCUGCAGAGCUGGCAAAAGCUGGAGGGUGCAAACAUUUCAACUUGCUGUCCUCUAAGGGAGCUGAUAAGUCAAGCAAUUUUUUAUAUCUGCAAGUCAAGGGAGAAGUGGAAGCUAGGGUUGAAGAGUUAAAAUUUGAUCGUUACUCCAUAUUUAGGCCCGGAGUUCUAUUAUGUGAUAGGCAAGAAUCUCGCCCCGGUGAAUGGCUGGUUAGGAAGUUCUUUGGCUCCUUACCAGAAUCUUGGGCCAGCGGUCACUCUGUGCCAGUGAUGACUGUGGUUAGAGCAAUGCUGAACAACGCAGUGAGACCAAGUGACAAGAAGAAGGAACUGCUGGAUAAUGAGGCCAUCCACAACCUGGGGAAAGCUGAUGGCUCUCUCAAGCCGUGACCACACUGGAGAAUUGCUUUCUAUUGUCAAACUCAACACCCAUCACCUAAUUGGUAAUUUCGGGGUCUAAAAGAAACAUGUGCUUUAACUGUGGUUUCACUAUUCUCAGUCGCCCAGAUCCAAACAAAAAAUGAUCGUGCUCUCUGCAUCAGCAUUUUAGAGCCUGAUUGUACAUAUGUAGACAUCACCCUGGGAGCCUUUCAAAAACAGAGAU